AUGGCGACCAGAGAUGUUGACACUCUGACAACUGAUGGACCAUCGGGCGCACGCGGCAAGUUCGCCGUCGAUGGGCCCAAAGCUGCGUUUAUCCCCGGACCGGUAUGUCAAGGGGCGACAUGGUCACGAGCUCAAAUCCACAAGCUAGGUCGCUUGCUUUGUCGUGAAGCCAAGACAAAAUCGGCCCACGUUCUCCUCGCUCCGACAAUCUGUUGCGCUAGGAACCCUUUGGGUGGACGUAACUUUGAGUGCUUUGGCGAGGACCCCUUCCUGAGCGGAAAACUGGCCGAGCAAUACGUAAAUGGAGUGCAAGAGACCGGUGAGGUUGCAGCGACUGCGAAACAUUUCGUUGCCAAUGAGCAAGAACAUCUCAGAUUCAGCAUCGAUGCUCAGAUCUCUGAGACUGCACUCCGAGAAAUUUAUCUUCGACCAUUUGAGAUGAUUGUGAGGAUGGCAUCGCCGCCUAAGUGUAUUAUGACAUCCUACAAUAAGGUCAACGGCCAGCACAUGGACAGCAACGUACCUAUAAUCAAGGAUAUCCUUCGGGAUCAAUGGGGCUACAAAGGCUUAGUGAUGAGCGAUUGGGGCGGAACAAAUUCAACUGUUGAGAGUCUGCUCGCUGGUCUUGACCUAGAAAUGCCAGGCCCGCCUGAACAGCGUGGAGAAAAAUUACUGCAGGCGAUCAAGUCCGCUCGAAGCGAUGAUCUUUUGGCUGCGGUCGACGCUUCAGUAGUACGAAUCUUGGCUUUGGCUGAUAAAUUUGAUUUGCUUGGCCUGAGUUUGGAAGAGGCAGAUCGGACACGAGAUAGUCAAGAAGUGUCCUCUACGGCCCCGGAGGACAUACAAUUGAUGCGAGAGGUUGCUGCCAGCGGGAUCGUCCUACUCAAGAAUACAAAGCAAACACUGCCGCUGCAAGCCGAUAGCAUUCGCGGGAAACAGGUGGCUUUUAUUGGGCCCAAUGCUUUGAAUGGAACUCCCGGUGGUGGUGGCUCAGCAAGCAUGAAUCCUCAGUAUCUCAGUCGACCAAUGGAGUCUUUCAAGGCUGUUGCCGCUAAGCAUGAAAUUGAUGUCACGGUCAAGUAUGCUCUCGGUGCCUACUCGCAAAAAUGGCUUCCUUUGUGCUCCAACGAUCAGUGGGGAAUAAAUUCGACCAUAGAUUCAGAUAACAAAGCUCUUGUUCGUGUUGAGUACUUUGCUACAAACGAUUUCACGGGGCCUGUGGUGGAGACACAAUACCGCAACAGCUCCAACAUCGAUGUUUCCGACAGCUGCCCUGUCGAUUUCCAGGUUGAUCCUGUCCCGCCAUACUCCUACCGCGUGACAUCAAAUUUGGUCCCCACAGCUACCGGGGAACAUUCAUUUAGCUUGAGCAGUGUCGGAGGGUCAAGGCUAUUGAUAGAUGGAGAGCUUGUUAUCGAUAAUUCACGCUGGACGGAGCUUGGAGAGACAUUCUAUGCCUUUGGAAGCGCUGAAGUCGUGGCUAGUAAGCCUCUGGUUGCCGGCAAAUCGUAUACAGUGCACGUGGAGGCUUGGGUCAAUACCUGCGAGCUGUCUGCCAACGCAUCGAGCGCUGAUGCAAAUCAUGUCUUUGCCGCUCAUCCUUCUGUCCGCAUAGGGUACCUCCAGCAGAUCCCAAGCGCCGAGAAGCUUAUAUCUGAGGCCGUCGCACUAGCCAAUGAAAGUGCAUUAGCCAUAGUUGUGCUAGGACUCAACGAAGAAUGGGAAAGCGAAGGGUACGACAGAAAGAAUAUGGCCUUGCCAGGAAGCCAAGACGAAUUGGUUGAAGCUCUCAUAUCGAGCGUGCAACGGCCUGAAACUCUCAUAUUCGUCAAUCAGUCAGGCUCACCCGUGGAGCUUCCAUGGAUUGACAAAGCAUCAACUUUCCUUCAAGCGUGGUACGGAGGUCAGGAAGCUGGAAAUGCUCUGGCAGAUGUGUUACUUGGAAACACCAACCCCUCCGGAAGACUCCCAGUCACCUGGCCACGGCGUUAUACAGACCUUCCCUUCCAUUGGAACAAGGAGAUAUGGCCAGGCGUUGAUGAAAUUGUCAAAUAUGAAGAAGAUACCCAAGUCGGCUACAGAUGGUAUAAUCACCACCCGGAUGUGCUGCCUCUUUGGUGGUUUGGCUAUGGCCUGAGUUACACUCUGUUCUCGAGCAUUCUCACCAGUGUUCACGACAUGGGGACUUACUGGUCAGUCGUGGUGCAGGUUAAGAACACAGGUACGGUCGACGGCCAAGAAGUUGUACAAAUCUACAACUGGCCCGCAGGCCAGAUAAAGAACACUCUCCUCGUUGGCUUCGAAAAAUCGCCAUUGCUGAGGCCGAAUGAAGACAUCACUAUCAAUGUUCAAGUUCGAAAGCGAGAUGCCGCUCACUGGGUAGGGGAUAAAUGGGUGCUAGACGAGGGCUUAUAUGCAUUUGGUCUUGGGAACGGGGUGAAGGAGGCGAUGAAGACGAGUUUAGAGAUCAAGGUCGAAAGCCACACUUGGUCGAGCUGUGAAUAUGAAUAA